AUGGCUAACGAUACGGUUGAGAAGAACGAUCUAGCUCAAGACGUAGAGAUGGGCCCUAAGGAGUCAUCGUCUGCGGCGAUGAGUGAAAUCGGCGAGACUGAGGAUCAGUUCCAAGCGCCUCGGUCGACGUUCUGGACGAGGUUGUCUAACCACGGCGUCGAAAUGCGCGGUGCAGAACCUGUGCCAGUUGAGAAGCGAACUGACACUCGCUAUGUGAACGUAUUAACCAUCUUCGCUACGUCGAUGACGAGCUUGUUACCGAUCGGUAUCGGUUCAGCGACAACACUCGGUUUCGGGAUGACAUUGCGCGACGCGGCGUUAAUGAUCGUGUUCCUCCAAUUUCUAUUCGCUAUCCCAGCCGCAUACAUCAUCACCAUUGCACCGCUUACUGGGAUGCGGCAGAUGAUCCAAUCGCGGUAUUGUUUUGGCAUUAAUGGUGCGCAAUGCCUCGCUGCCGUUCGGCCAGGUACGUUACCUGUUGAGGCUGCGAUCGCCAUCAUCAUGGUUAUAUCGUUGGCCAUCGGCUUUAUGGGAUAUCGCGUGAUGCACUUCUUUACUCGAUGGGCCUGGAUCCCGACGCUGGUUGCUAUUAUUAUUCUCGUCGGCGCCGCGGGUGACCAGCUUUGGCAGCAAACGCCGCCACCAACGCGUACUACUGCUCAAGAGUACAUGGGCAUCGUGGCUUUUGCGGCUGGCAACAUGAUUACUUGGAGUAAUGUUGCGGGCGACUACGCAUGUUAUAUGCCACCGACCGCACCACGAUUCCGUCUUGCUCUAUACUGUCUAUUCGGCAUCGCAUUGCCGUUCUCGCUUCUUAUGGUCCUUGGCGCGGCGAUCGGUGGCGCUGUCUUCACUAUCUCUUCUUGGGAAGCUGCGUAUAAAGCCGGUGGAAUUGGCGCUGUGAUUGGGAGCAUCCUGAUUACUCGGCUGGGAGACUUUGGCCGAUUCGUCCUUGUUAUCCUCGGUCUUUCUGUCCUCGGAACUUGCGGUCGCGACGUAUAUACUAUCUCCUUCAACCUGACUGCUGUAGCGCCGAUCCUUCGCCGAGUCCCUCGUAUUGUGUUAGCUGUCGUUGCCACUGCAGUUAUCAUCGCAGUGGCAAUUCCUGCUUCAAGAUCGUUCGUCACGUCGGUAACGGCAUUCCUUAGCAUAAUCGGUUACUACGCAGGGGCAUCAGUAACGUGCUUUUUAACUGAGUACCUGUGGUUCCGAAAGGGUGAUCCCAGUAGCUUUGACCCAAAGAUCUGGAACGACGGCCGUGCAUUGCCGUCAGGUAUAAGUGCGUUAGCUUCUGUCCUAAUUGCCUGGGCGUUUAUAAUUCCAUCUAUGCAGGCGGAUUGGUACACCGGACCUAUCGCAAAGAAGACCGGAGAUCUCGGGUUUGAAUUUGCUGUCGUUGUAGCAUUUUUAGCCUAUCUUUUCAUCAGAUCGCUGGAGAUUAAGAUCCGAGGACGACUUUGA